AUGUCUAAACACAGAAAGUUUCCUGAAAUCACCAAAUCAGAUUCUCAUCUUUCUCAAGAGUACUUCAAGUUUAAGCCAAAACGCCAAAUGGCGCCCCUCCAAAAUCAGCCUGCACCAAUAAUAAUUAAGCCAAGCAUAAAUCAUUCCUCUCAUCAUACAAAACAGUCAAGUUUUCUUAGUGAUUCUCCUUACGCCCGUAGUAAGUCUUUAACCAAAAUUCGUUCAUCAUCAGCUAUCAAAUUAAAUGAUAAAAGCCCUAUAAAGUUACGUUCAAUUUCCCCAGAAAUGAAAAAGAAUGCUUCAAACUCACGAAUUCAACUAAAACUAAAAAAUAGGAGAGAAAUCUCUACAAUAACUUUGUCAAAGCAGUCCAAUAAUUAUAUAGAUUCCAUAAAAAAACGCUCCAAGUCACGAACUCCAGCAGGAAUCAAUUUAUCGUUCAGCAAUUCAUUUACUGCACCUACACAAGAUUCCCAAAGAAUUUUGAACCAGUCUAAUAAUGAUGCUGAAAACUUGGAAACUAAAUUAUUGGCGAAGUUAAAAGAAAUCACAAAAAAUGAGGAAGAUUCAAUUAUGGAUAACGAUAAAUUUAAUGUUUAUCGCAAAAUAUUUGUUGAAGUAAUUGAAAAGGAUAAAACUUAUGGGUCUUUACUAGCAAAAAUCAAAAAUGCGUAUGAAGAGUGAAUAUCAAUAGAAAAAACUGACUCUCCCUCCCUCCCUCUAUCAAGAAAUUUAAUUUUUUUUUCGAAAUUAAAACAAUCCUAAUUCACAAAAAAAUGAAGAGCAAAUAUUUAUUUAAUUUGUAAAAUUUAUGUUUUAAUUAAAUAGAAUUAGCAAGAGAUUUCAUUAUAUUAAUUAUCACUUAUAUAUCAAAAUAUUUUUUUCGCUCACGGAGGAUGGGUUUUCGAGCAAAAAUAGGGAUUUUUCCAAUCAUUUGUCCUUCAUGGAGGGGGAGUCAGGAAAAUAACUUGAGCUUGAAGCAAGAAGCAAAUGAUCUUAAUGAGAAGAUUAAAGAGUUGCUAGAAGAUAGAAAACUCAUAUAUAGAAAAAUAGAAAAAUUGGCAAAAGAAAAUAUUGAAUUAAGCAGAUCAUUAGAAGAAAGCGAGGCUGGGUAUGCAGAAUUGCAUGAUAAAUUGCUAUUAAUUUCUAAAACCAAAAUAGAUGAUAUUCCAAAAGAUGAAAACUCCUGGAAGUAUGUGGUAGCUGAAAAUAAAAUUUUAGCAGAUUUAUGCAAGCAAAUGAAAGAUGAGCUAAAGAAAUUUAGAUCAAAAGAAAAAAAACUACUGAAACUCAUUAUAGCAUUGAAAAAUAGAGGAUAUGAUUAAUUAUAUUGAAUAUAGGCUCAGUGAAAAUACAAUAGAAAAAUACGUAAUGCUUAAAUUUAGUACUUAUUGAGUAAAAAUGGCAUAUCCUGUAGAGGAAGUCUAUGAAACUGAAAUCUUAAAAAGAAAAAGUGUGCAAGAAGAAAAACCACACGAUAGGGAAAGUGGCGAAACUGAUGGAGAGCUGCUUGUAUCAGGACCUUCUCGGAAAGUAGAAAAGCCAAGUUUUAUACCAAUUUUGGAAUUGAGUAAUAUAAAGCAUUACAUUUCAUCAUCUGAGAGCUCAGAUAAUUCUGAUGCAGAAAGUGAAAGUGAGUCAUAA